AUGUCUCUGGAAGCUUCUCUUGAACGACGAAAGCAGCCCCAAGCUCCCGGGACUGGCAAUGGAAAUGGCGUCGUCUCGCCCAGUGCACACUCUUUCUCAACCCACAGGCUUCGUCUUCAACCCAAGGAAGAUCACAAGUCGGAGAGCUAUGAGGACCUUCAAUUGGAAUUCAGCCCGCUCCUCUUCAGCAUGCUGGAAAGGCAUUUGCCUCCGAGCAUGCUCAAUAUGGCACGCGACCUUAAGCUUCAGUAUAUGAGGGACAUUCUACUCCGAUAUGCUCCAGAGGGCGAACGCAACCGCAUUCAGAGGCAUAGAGAAUACCGACAAAAGAUUAUAUCAAACUAUCAGCCGUUACACAGGGAGCUUUACAGCAUGCAUGCUGCGAACUUCUUUGUCCCCUCUUUUCUCAAAGCUAUCAAUGAGAAUUCGGAGGAGAGCUUUCGACGCAUCAUGUCUGAACCCUCUCCAGGAAUUUAUAAAUUUGAAAUGCUUCAACCACAAUUCUGUGAAAAGCUGUUAUCUGAGGUGGAAAGCUUUGAAAGAUGGGUUCACGAGACAAAAUUCAGAAUCAUGCGACCUAACACAAUGAACAAAUAUGGUGCUGUUCUUGAUGACUUUGGUUUGGAGACCAUGCUUGAUAAGUUGAUGGAUGAUUUUAUACGUCCUAUAUCAAGAGUUUUCUUUCCAGAAGUUGGAGGAGCCACACUGGACUCUCAUCAUGGUUUUGUUGUUGAAUAUGGAAUUGACAGAGAUGUGGAACUUGGUUUUCACGUGGAUGAUUCGGAAGUCACAUUGAAUGUUUGUUUGGGUAAACAAUUUUCUGGUGGUGAACUGUUCUUUCGCGGCAUCCGAUGUGACAAGCAUGUUAAUACGGAGACCCAACCAGAGGAAAUCUUUGACUAUUUGCAUGUUCCUGGACACGCGGUUCUUCACCGUGGUCGUCAUCGGCAUGGUGCUAGAGCUACAACAUCUGGUCGUCGGGUCAACUUACUUUUGUGGUGCAGAAGUUCUGUGUUCAGAGAGUUAAAGAAAUAUCAGAAAGAUUUCUCCAGCUGGUGUGGAGAAUGCCAACGUGAGAAGAGAGAAAGGCAACUCCUAUCAAUUGAUGCCACAAAGCAGGAGUUACUUAGAAGGGACGUAAAAUCUCCUCCUUGAGCCUGCAAUGGUGAAAACUAUUGUUGAGGAGCUGUAAAUUUUACCAAAUAUGAAGCAUGUUCAUCAAAACGAAGUCUGCUGUUCUAACUUUCGCCAUGUGCAGGUAAUGGGUGCUGUCCUGUAUUAUUUAUUGUGCUGCAUUACAUUUUGCAGUUGUAGGUGUACAUUUUAAAAUGUUGUUGAUAGGUGAAAAUAGUUGUCAGAAAAAUUUAACCAAUUAGAAACCCGUUUGUGCCGAAUUGGAGUGAAAUAACAUGUAAUCUUAGCUUCUGAUACUCCCUAUAUGUCAAAUUGAAUAUUCUGUUCAUAGUGCAGCAAAUUUAUUACACUGCUCAUCAAGUCGGCGACGGCAAUGAGAUUGGAUUAAUGUGGCGAAACAAAUUUUGGUAUUGAGUUUUACUGUUUGGAGGAGUCUUAGUUACUCUUUUUAGCACUCGCACAUAAGUAUGUGUAGAACUUUUUGAACUUUAGAUAUCAUCUUUGGUUCUUGAUUUAGAUCCUGAUCCCCACCAUGAUCGUUGGUGGUCGUUGCUCUUCCUUCUCUCCCAAUCUUACAACAAAAUCGAGGAAAAUUCAAGGAAAACCUCUGAAAUAAUAUCGAUAUUUGGACCGUGAAGGUACAGUAAUGGCUUCAGAAUAAUUUUGUGUUAUUUUGGUAGUCCCAGAAGGGCUUCAAAUAGAUGGGAGGGAGUUAAGAAUCUUCCUUAACAUUAAAACUAGGACUCUGUUGCUUGUGUUUUAAAAAUUGCCUUUUGAAUGUUUUGAUUUAUAUAGCUCCUAAACAUUUACUUGUUAUUAUGCUUGUGAAAAUCAUUCUCUACAAAUUUAUGAUGUUAUGAGCAUGAAGAAAUUCGUAGGCGACAUUCAUAUUAUUGAGUGCUAAUCAUAGAUUUAUCAACUUGAAUUUUCCUUAUUAACUAAAAUAUACCAUUAACCUUUUCAUAUGAAAUCAGAAAAUAAUUAGUAGAAUGCAUAAGCAUAUAUAUUAGAGGACGUAGAUUUUCUUCUCCAAAUCUCCAUUAUUGGUGCUUACAUUCAAACCGUUUAGCAUACUUGUCUGACCUCCAUUGCUGAUCCAAAAAGCUUCCAGUUCUACCAGAAAAAACAAUGUUUGCCUUCAUUUUUUCUUUUUAAAGAACAGAACUUCACACGUUGUGGGUUUGCAGGUUGGAGAACGAGGUUUGAGCAUAAGGACGCUUCUGGUUGCAGGAUCAAUCUUCUUAGCCAUUGUAGAGAGUAGCUUAUGUUAUGAGUAGUCGAAUAGUAGUCGCUCGAGGAGAGUGCUGCUCGAGGCCUCGUUGCUACUAGAGACCAGGGAAUGUCACGCAGGUCAAAGAGUGUUAGAGUUGCUUUACAAGAUCUUAGAACAACGUGUAGCCUCUUGCAAGCAACACUUUGUCGGUAUCAAUGGUGUUUUAUAUAUAUAUAUAUAUGCGACAAUGUCAACUAAAUAUACCAAGUGAGUGAGUGAGUGAGUGUAUAUGAGAAAUUCAUGGAAUAGACCUGUCAAUAAAAAGUUAAAUACUAUAUUAUAAAUGUAGGAUGAUAUUAUUAUUAUUA